AUUGAGGUCUUUGGGAAGGACAAUGGGAGCCAGGGUGUCAGGGCUGGGGUUGAAGAAGGCAGGCCUGGGAGAGUCGAGGGCUGUGAGCCAGGUGCGAGAGAGGUGCAUCCGGGUCUGCCCUCGAUGCCUUUCGGUUACAAAACAGGCAGGAACGCAGCCAGUGAGAGCCUGAGUUCAGUGGAUAGAGGCAGGAAGAACAGUCUGUCCCUCCCGGCUCUACCUCUCCCAGACUGGCCUUGGCAUUCCCCCACCCCUCUAAUUAUUCAUUAACCACAACCCAGGAAAUGCUUUGCAAACAGUGAAAAUGAAGCCUUCCACCUGAGGCUUGGAGUUUGCCUGACUUGGAGCCAUCUUCUCCUUAGUCUGCUUAGGAACAGGUGGAGUUUGGAACUGUGCCUGCUUGGAUCAGAUGCAGUAGGACACCCUGGUUAAGGGCUGUGGUUUUUCCUCCACCAGCUGCUGUCAGUCCCCCAUUGGUGGGGAUCUGAGAGUCAAGAUCCUGAUGCCAUCCUGUGGGUGGUUUCACCGUGACCUGAGUGGGCUGGAGGCUGAAGCUUUACUGAAGGGGCGAGGUGUCCACGGGAGCUUUCUGGCCAGACCCAGUCGGAGGAACCAGGGGGACUUUUCCCUUUCAGUCCGGGUUGGUGACCAGGUCACCCACAUUCGCAUCCAGAACACUGGGGACUUCUAUGACCUCUAUGGAGGGGAGAAGUUUGCCACCCUGUCGGAGCUGGUGGAGUACUACACACAGCAGCAGGGCUCGCUGCAGGACAAAGAUGGGACCAUCAUCGACUUGAGAUACCCACUCAACUGUUCUGACCCCACUGCUGAGAGGUGGUACCAUGGGCACCUCUCAGGCCCUGCAGCUGAGUCACUGCUCCAGGCCAAAGCCACCCCUUGGACUUUCUUGGUGCGGGAGAGCCUCAGCAAGCCUGGAGAUUUUGUCUUGUCCAUCCUCACUGACCAGCUGAAACCUGGGUCUGAUGCUCCACCAGCUGGGGCAAGCAAUGCUGCUGGGGCCCUGCUCAAAGUCACACACAUCAAGAUCAUGUGUGAGAAUGAACGCUACACUGUGGGAGGUGCCGAGGUGUUUGACAGCUUGGCAGACCUGGUGGAGCACUUCAAGAAGACCGGCAUUGAGGAGCUGUCAGGCUCCUUUGUCUACCUGAAGCAGCCCUACUAUGCCACCAGGUUAAAUGCAGCUGACAUUGAGAACAGAGUGCAGGAACUGAACAAGAAGAGUCUAUCUGAGGAGACAUCCAAGGCUGGAUUCUGGGAGGAAUUUGAUAGUCUGCAGAAACAGGAAGCCAAGCAGCUCUUUGACCGCCACGAGGGUCAGAGACCUGAAAACAAGAGCAAGAACCGAUACAAGAACAUCUUGCCCUUUGAUCACUCCAGGGUCAUCCUCCAAGGAAGGGACCCAAGCAUACCUGGAUCUGACUACAUCAAUGCCAACUAUGUCAAGAACAACCUGAUCAGUCCAGACGAGUGCACCAAGACCUACAUUGCUAGCCAGGGCUGCCUGGAUGCCACAGUCAAUGACUUCUGGCAGAUGGUGUGGCAGGAGAACACGCGGGUUAUCGUCAUGACUACACGGGAGGUGGAAAAGGGACGAAGCAAGUGUGUGCCCUACUGGCCCGAGGUGGGCAGCACCAAGGAGUACGGCCCCUACCUGGUGGAGAACGCCGGGGAGCACAACGCGCUGGAGUACAAACUGCGGCACCUCUGCGUGUGCCCCAGGGACAACGGCAAGGCUCUGCGUGACAUCUGGCACUACCAGUACCUGAGCUGGCCUGACCAUGGUGUGCCCAGCGAGCCUGGGGGCGUGCUCAGCUUCCUUGACCAGAUCAACCAGAAGCAGGAGAGCAUCCCAGAUGCAGGGCCCAUCCUUGUGCACUGCAGCGCUGGGAUUGGCCGCACAGGGACCAUCAUUGUCAUUGAUAUGAUAGUGGAAACCAUCUCCACCAAGGGGCUGGACUGUGACAUUGACAUCCAGAAGACUAUCCAGAUGGUGAGGGCCCAGCGCUCAGGGAUGGUGCAGACAGAGGCCCAGUACAAGUUCAUCUACAUGGCCAUCUGCCAGUUCAUAGAAACCACCAAGAGAAAGCUGGAAAUCAUCCAGGCUCAGAAAGGCAGGCCAGGGGAGUCCGAGUACGGGAACAUCACCUACCCCCCCGCGCGCGGCGGGCACGCCAAGGCCGCGCGCAAGCCCUCCAAGCAGAAAGAGGAGGCAACAAUUUAUGAGAACCUGGGGAAGAAGGAGAAGGUGCAGAAGCAGCGCUCCUCGGAGAAGAAGCUGAAAGGGUCACUGAAGAAGAAAUAAACCUUCACUGCAGGUAGCACAGUGGGGGUCUGAACCUGAGCUGCAGGCAUGGAGAGCACACUCAGGCUGGUUGGUCUCAUUCCUUGCUGGACUAGAACUAGGCCUUCCCCUUCUUCCAGUGCCCUGACCCAGUCUGCUUUCCAUCUGCAGUGACGUUGUCCCUUUGUCCCCUGCCUGUGCAGGCCAGCGAAGCCUCUUGCUGCCCCUUCCUCACUCAUCACAGGACAAACCAAUGCCCCUCUUUAUCUUGCUGAGAUCUGGGGCCCAAACACCACUGCUGUGUCAGCUUCAGGGGACUACCUGAGCUCUGCCCACUGCUGGCAGUUCUGCCUGGCAGCAUCCUCUGAGACCUCAGCUUUUCACAUAGGGACAUUUUGGCUCCUUUCAGCUCAGCUCCUCUGCAAGUCAAGAUGAAACUUCCUCUUUCCUUAAUCCUAACCCUCUGCACUACAUCCCCUCCUCUCAUGAGCCUGCAGCUGGCUGCUGUAAGUACCCCAGAAGCUGGUGUCAUGGCUGUGGUUUCUCAUUUGUAAAUAAACUGAGGCCUGGUUGAGGGCCAAGUCCCACCAGGUUUUUGUUC